UCGACCCGCGACGGUCACACUUGUCGUUCGCUAAGCAAAAAAAUUCCUUGACUCCCGAUUUUCAACGCGAUAAAACCUAAGAAUAUAUCUGUUGCCAUUAUUAUAAAGCCGUGCCGGAGUGGGGAAAAUGUCUUGCGCGGCCACUCUCACGUCGGGCAAGGACUCUACGAACGCGGCGGCGGCCAACGGAGCACCUACAAACACGAACACGGGCACCCAGCAAUCGACGGCUGUGGGUGUGGUAGUGAGCAGUGCAACGGGGGGCGGGGGCGUCAGCGGCGGCGGCGGUGUUGCGGCAGGAGGAGUUGCAAGUGGAAACACCUCCUCCACGACAGCGACAGCGGCAGCCGGCGGAGCAGGAGCAGCGAAUUCAGCGGCAGCCGUCGCCAGGCGCUUCUCCAUGGAGGGAGUGGGAGCGCGGGUGAUCCGCGGACCAGACUGGAAGUGGAACAAACAGGAUGGCGGCGAAGGACACGUCGGCACCGUACGUAAUUUUGAAUCUGCAGAGGAAGUGGUUGUGGUAUGGGACAACGGCACUGCGGCCAACUAUAGGUGCGCUGGCGCCUACGAUCUGAGGAUCCUGGACAGCGCCCCCACGGGAGUCAAGCAUGAGGGCACUAUGUGCGACACCUGCCGCCAGCAGCCCAUCUUUGGCAUCCGCUGGAAGUGCGCUGAGUGCAUCAACUACGACUUGUGCUCAAUCUGCUACCACGGAGAUAAGCAUCAUCUCAGACAUCGGUUCUAUAGAAUCACCACACCCGGAGGCGAGCGUACGAUGCUGGAGCCGCGUCGCAAAUCCAAGAAAGUUCUGGCCAGAGGCAUAUUUCCGGGAGCCCGAGUCGUGCGCGGCGUGGACUGGCAGUGGGAAGACCAAGACGGCGGCGUUGGACGGCGCGGUAAGGUGAACGAGAUCCAGGAUUGGUCUUCGGCCUCACCACGAUCGGCUGCCUAUGUGAUCUGGGACAAUGGCUCCAAGAAUCUGUAUCGUGUGGGCUUUGAGGGAAUGGCCGAUCUGAAGGUUGUCAACGAUGCCAAAGGCAGUAAUGUGUACCGCGAUCACCUGCCGCUUCUGGGCGAGAAUGGACCAGGAAAGGGGCCACAUGGCUUUCAAAUCGGCGACAAGGUCACAGUGGAUCUGGACCUGGAAAUUGUGCAAUCCCUGCAGCACGGACAUGGCGGCUGGACCGACGGCAUGUUCGAGUGUCUGAGCAAUGCGGGAAUGGUGGUUGGCAUCGACGAGGAUCACGACAUUGUGGUGGCCUACAAUUCCGGUAACCGUUGGACCUUCAACCCAGCCGUCUUAACCAAGGUAUCCUCGCCCACAACUGCACCGCCCGAGUUCCAGGUGGGAGAUAUUGUCAAGAUCUGUUCGGACGUCGAGAGCAUCAAGAUAUUGCAGCGCGGACACGGCGAAUGGGCAGAUGCCAUGCAGUUGACGCUGGGAAAGAUUGGCAGAGUGCAGCAGGUGUAUCACGACAACGACCUCAAGGUCGAAGUGGGCAACACAUCGUGGACUUACAAUCCCCUGGCCGUUUGCAAGGUGGCCUCUUCCACGGCCGCUGAUGGGAGCUGUGCUCCGGUCAUCCCAAGUGGUGAACGACUUUCAGCCAUACUCAAGAAACUGUUCGAGCCGAAUGUCUCUGGGGAUGCCACUGAAGAGUUCGUCAAGGCGGCAGCCAAUGGAUUUGCGGCCCGCUGCGAAGAGUAUCUGGCCGGCGCUGGCCAACCUUCCACAUCUAGUGCCUCGCCCAAUUCGGCUCCGGAUGUCAAUGUUAAUGGCGUGUUUGCCGGGCACACAGCUCUGCAAGCUGCCAGCCAAAACGGACACAUUGAGGUAAUACAAGUGCUACUGCGCCAUGCCGUUGACGUGGAGAUUGAAGACAAGGAUGGCGACAGGGCUGUGCACCACGCCGCCUUCGGCGAUGAGGCGGCUGUAAUAGAGAUUCUGGCCAAGGCUGGCGCGGAUUUGAAUGCGAGAAAUAAACGGAGGCAAACGUCGCUGCACAUUGCCGUGAAUAAGGGCCAUUUGAAUGUGGUGAAGACCCUGCUUACCUUGGGCUGCCAUCCCAGCCUGCAGGACUCGGAGGGCGAUACACCACUACACGAUGCCAUUUCCAAGGAGCACGACGAGAUGCUCUCCCUGCUGCUGGACUUCGGGGCGGAUAUAACGCUGAACAACAACAAUGGUUUCAAUGCCCUGCACCAUGCUGCCCUCAAGGGUAAUCCCAGCGCCAUGAAGAUUCUGCUGACCAAGACGAAUCGUCCCUGGAUUGUGGAGGAGAAGAAGGACGAUGGCUACACGGCUCUGCACCUGGCAGCGCUCAACAAUCACGUAGAGAUUGCCGAGCUGCUGGUGCACAUGGGCAAAGCCAAUAUGGACAGACAAAAUGUGAAUCUGCAGACAGCUCUGCAUCUGGCCGUGGAGCGUCAGCAUGUCCAGAUUGUCAAGCUGCUGGUACAGGAUGGUGCCGAUCUGAACAUACCCGACAAGGACGGGGAUACGCCGCUUCAUGAAGCUCUUCGGCAUCACACACUCUCGCAGCUAAAACAGCUCCAGGACGUGGAGGGAUUCGGUAAACUUCUAAUGGGGCUAAGGAAUGCCAAUAACAAGAAGGCAUCAGCGUCAAUUGCCUGCUUUUUGGCCGCCAACGGAGCCGAUUUAACCCUCAAGAAUCGCAAGCAGCAGACACCGUUGGAUCUCUGUCCGGAUCCCAAUCUAUGCAAGACCUUAGUCAAGUGCUAUAAUGAACGAAAAACGGAUGACUCUGAGCUUCCGGGUAAUGUGGCUGGAACCAGUUCGAAUGCCAGGGCACGAGCUGCCAGUGGCGGUAACCUAAAUCAAUCCUCGUCCGCCAGCUUGCCACUGACCAGUGUGUCGGCUUCGUCAACCUUUGUCGCUGCAGGCGGCUCCUCCUCCGCCUUUGGCCUCAAUGGAAUCUCCAAUGAAAUGAGCCAAUCUCUGCACGUGGAUCCCCCGAAAUCGUCGGCCAGUCUGGAUGAAUGUCUCGUCUGCUCUGAUGCCAAGAGGGAUACGGUUUUCAAGCCAUGUGGUCAUGUCAGUUGCUGUGAGACCUGCGCUCCCAGAGUGAAAAAGUGCCUUAUUUGUCGCGAGACUGUCUCCUCCCGUGAGAAGAUCGACGAGUGUUUGGUCUGCUCGGAUCGGCGGGCAGCCGUCUUCUUCCGGCCUUGCGGCCACAUGGUGGCCUGCGAGCAUUGCAGUGCCCUAAUGAAGAAAUGCGUCCUCUGUCGCACCCAGAUCGACGAGAUGCUGUCGUUCAGUCUCUGUUGCGGCGGAAUUGGACGACCGGAGAAGGUAACGGCGGCGGCAGCUGGAGGAGGUGUGGCCUUGCCGAUGCCCGACGAAAGAUUCAUGGAAGCUGCGGCGGCAGCAGCAGCUUGUGCCAAUGCCACCGGCCACAGUAUGCCGAUGAACAAUACGGUGGUCACGCCGGUAGCCGGCAGCAGUAAUCAGUUGAACAGUCAAAAUAAUCUGCUGGCAGCCGCCUCUUCGAAUAUGUCGAAUCUUGCAGCAGCUGCAGCUGCUGGCAGCGUGAUCGUGGCCCCAUCCAAUGUCAACAACUUCCAAAUGGAUGAUGUGCAGAAGCUAAAGCAGCAGCUGCAGGACAUUAAGGAGCAGACUAUGUGUCCUGUGUGCUUCGAUCGCAUCAAGAAUAUGGUCUUCCUGUGCGGCCAUGGCACGUGCCAGAUGUGCGGCGACCAGAUCGAAGGGUGUCCCAUUUGCCGCAAGACGGUGGAGAAGCGUAUCCUGCUGUUCUGAAGCCCCCAAUUGCCGCCGGCUGCUCAUACAUUCCGCGCACAGUCCUCUGCACAGCCCUCGAAGUAUUAGGUUUAUACACUUGGAUAUAUACAUAACGGAUUUCACACACAUAUUUCUACACAAUAUCAUAUAUAU